AUGGCAGUUUGGGGGCGUCCUCUAGCUCACCCACCAGCCAGCUGCCUGGCCGCUGUUCAUCGUCUGCUGUUCAUCGUCUGCCGUUCAUCGUCUGCCGUUCAUCGUCAGCUGUUCAUCGUCAGCUGUUCAUCGUCUGCCGUUCAUCGUGUGCUGUUCAUCGUCAGCUGUUCAUCGUCAGCUGUUCAUCGUCUGCCGUUCAUCGUCUGCUGUUCAUCGUCAGCUGUUCAUCGUCUGCUGUUCAUCGUCAGCUGUUCAUCGUCUGCUGUUCAUCGUCUGCCGUUCAUCGUCUGCUGUUCAUCGUCAGCUGUUCAUCGUCUGCUGUUCAUCGUCAGCUGUUCAUCGUCUGCUGUUCAUCGUCAGCUGUUCAUCGUCAGCUGUUCAUCGUCUGCCGUUCAUCGUCUGCCGUUCAUCGUCAGCUGUUCAUCGUGUGCUGUUCAUCGUCAGCUGUUCAUCGUCAGCUGUUCAUCGUCUGCCGUUCAUCGUCUGCUGUUCAUCGUCAGCUGUUCAUCGUCUGCCGUUCAUCGUCAGCUGUUCAUCGUCUGCUGUUCAUCGUCAGCUGUUCAUCGUCUGCUGUUCAUCGUCAGCUGUUCAUCGCCUGCUGUUCAUCGCCUGCCGCUCAUCGCCAGCUGUUCAUCGCCUGCCGCUCAUCGUCAGCUGUUCAUCGCCUGCCGCUCAUCGCCUGCCGUUCAUCGUCUGCUGUUCAUCGUCAGCUGUUCAUCGUCUGCUGUUCAUCGUCAGCUGUUCAUCGUCUGCUGUUCAUCGUCAGCUGUUCAUCGUCUGCUGUUCAUCGUCAGCUGUUCAUCGUCUGCUGUUCAUCGUCAGCUGUUCAUCGUCUGCUGUUCAUCGUCAGCUAUUCAUCGUCUGCUGUUCAUCAUCUGCUGUUCAUCGUCUGCCGUUCAUCGUCAGCUGUUCAUCGUCUGCUGUUCAUCGUCUGCUGUUCAUCGUCUGCCGUUCAUCGUCUUCUGGCCCAAACGGGUCAGAUUAUCAUUCACAGGGCCGGCUCUAGCCCUUUGGUUGCCCUAG